AACGGAGCUGCGAGUCCGGACAGCAGCGCGUGUUCCGAGCUCUCCGCCACCCCCUGCCCGCAGUAGCAGCAGAGCCAGACCGCCAGCACUAUGGCCGGUUGGAACGCCUACAUCGACAACCUCAUGGCGGACGGGACCUGUCAGGAUGUGGCCAUAGUCGGCUAUAAGGACUCGCCCUCGGUCUGGGCCGCCAUACCCGGGAAAACCUUCGCCAAUAUCACGCCAGCUGAAGUAGCCGUAUUGGUUGGCAAAGAUCGUUCGACUUUCUUCGUAAAUGGGCUGACACUUGGGGGCCAGAAAUGUUCAGUGAUCAGGGAUUCGCUGCUGCUAGAUGGAGAGUACACCAUGGACCUUCGUACCAAGAGCACUGGGGGUGCUCCCACCUUCAACCUCACUGUUACCAUGACUGCCAAGAUGCUAGUCCUGCUGAUGGGGAAGGAAGGUAUCCACAGGGGAAUGAUCAACAAUAAGUGUUAUGAAAUGGCUUCCCACCUUCAACGCUCUCAAUACUGA